UCUCAUGCUAUUUGCAUUUUGCAUUGCAUAUAUAUCGUUAUGUAGCACCGCGCAUGUCUUUAUGCUAACUUAUUCCGCAUAAACCACUGUUGAUUCUGAAUGUUUAUGAGGCUGGCACCUGGUUUGCGGGCUGCGCGCGGUCGGAGAAUUCCCACGCGUGUAGUGAGCGGUUGGAUCGAAAUGUCGAUUCCUUGGCGAGCCUCUCUCGGUGGCAUCCUCCACAAGGCCCACUGCUCAACCUCUUCUUGUCUUAUCUUGUCUGUGUAUAUUCCGUUCUUCAAACAGAUUCAUUAUGGCACGGGAUAGGUUGGCAGCGCUGAGGGCUCAACGCCAACAGCAAGGCGGCACACCUCAGCCCCAGGCUCACGAAAUGACUAACUUGCAGACUCCAGACCACAUCACGCAGCCUCCUAAUGGAGUGGGGAACGGAGGAACCGAACCUAUGUCUGCUUUCUACAGGGAGAUAACCUCGAUCCAAGAGGCUAUCGCACAAUACAAUGCCAAUGUCUCACGAAUUGGAGAACUGCAAAACCGAACCCUAAACAGUACAGACGAAAGUGCUAAUAGACAGACGGCUGCUAUCCUGGACGACCUUAUUUCUCAAACACGUGAUUUGGGAAAUACUAUCAAGCAGAGGAUACAAAACCUCGACCUUCAACCUGCCCAACCCGGCGAGGAUCCAAGAAUUCGGAAGAACCAGAUAUCUUUGCUUAGGACAAAGUUUGUCGAGGGCUUGCAAAAUUAUCAGCAGGUGGAGCGGGAUUACCGUGCGAGGUACAGGCAACGAGUAGAGCGACAACUCAAGAUUGUCAAACCCGACGCAACACCCGAAGAAGUAAAUGCUGCUGUGAAUGAUACUACAGGUGGUGGAGACCAGAUAUUCGCUCAAGCACUUACGACCUCAACUCGGUAUGGGGAAUCCAGAGCGGCAUAUCGGGAAGUCCAAGACAGACACGAAGACAUCCGAAGAAUUGAGCGAACGUUGGAGGAGCUCGCUCAACUAUUCAAUGACAUGAGCGUGUUGGUGGUACAACAAGACGAGGCGAUCAACGUCAUUCAAACUACAGCUGGGACGGUAGAGCACGAUACAGAGGCAGGAUUGAAACAAACCGAAAAGGCAGUUAAACAUGCGCGUUCAGCCCGGCGCAAACGCUGGAUAUGCUUCUUCCUGUUGCUCGUUAUCCUCGCCAUCAUUGCCAUCAUCCUUGGUGUCGUAUUGGGCAGGAAGUAAACAUGAUUUCUCCGAUCCACUUUGUUACAUCAUCCCUCCUGCGUUACCUUUCCCCCUUCCUCCCCGCAUCUUCUUUUCAGUACUACCGAGCUCUAUCCCGUCCAUUUGUCCAACCCGACGACUUCCGGACCAUGUUUCUUUCUCAUGCGUUUAUGAAUCUCCCUUUGGACGACCUCUUCCCUUCCUCCCAGUUUUGUGUGUUGUGUUUUGUUGGCUCUGGCGUAUAUUACUUAUGUUUCUGUAUAUUUUGUCUUUCUUGAUUGCGUUAUGUUCGUGCUCAGUAUACCAGUCUAAUUUACACAUAUGAUGUUACUCUUCGUUUAUGCAUGAUUCAUUGCACGAAAUGAAAGUUAAAUAUCCGA